UAGAUUCAGUUCCUAUAAGAAGUUGCCACCCCUCCCAUUCUUUACUUAAUUCUCUCAAGACAUCCAUUCGAUUGAUUUAGACAACAAAGAAAAAUGGAAGAUUACUCUGGUCCUCUGAACUGGCCGUGCUUCUACCAAGAUGAGGGGAUCGAAGACUUGAGGCAUUAUCUCUUGUACACUACAGAACUAGAAACAGCAAUUGUAUCAGCGAAGGAGGAGAUCACAAGAAGAGAAUUUGAGAUAUUCCAUCUCAAAGAUCUUAUAAGCAAGGCAAUUGAGGAAAGGAAUGAGGCCCAGAUACAAUGCCAGGAACUGGUUUCUGACAAACUAGCCCUCCAACAACAACUGCUACAAAAACAGCAGGAAAAUCAGCUGCAGCAAGAAAUGCAGCACUUGAAGCAAGAAUCCGCUUCACUCACAAGAACUUGCAGCAGUGAAGAUGAAUCCAAGGCUAGCGACUCCAACAAUCACAGCAGCUCUCCUGAUUCAAGCAAAGUCACUGUUCCCUCGCAGUUUACCGAUCCAAUUCCCCAGGAAACACUGCAAUCAUCUCUCCCAGAAGUGAUCCUCAAGUUAGCAGCUGACAAGCCACUGCCAGUGAAAGGGAAACUCUUGCAGGCAGUGAAGGAAGCCGGUCCACUUCUGCAGACCCUUCUCCUGGCUGGACCACUCCCUCAAUGGCAGCACCCGCCUCCCCAAUUAGACUCCAUUGAGAUCCCACCAGUAACCAUUUCUUCACCAACAGCUCGGCUAAUACACCAAGACUCUUUCAACAGUUUCAGUUCUUGUUUGAGCAAGAAGAGGGAUCUUGAGCUCCGUGAAGGUCCCGAUUCUUCUUCCCCUGCCAACAAGUACCAGAAAGUUGUCCCCCAUUGACCAAAACCUUAGUUCUUACACACAAUUCUCUAGUACAUCCAUCCCCUUCAUGCUGUUAAACAUGACAAGGAAAUCAGCAUGAAAUGGAUGGCAUAGCUAUCCUGCAUCAGUUUGGAACUGUAAACUACUUUUGUCUUAGAAAUUAAUGAUUCUAACUUCUCUAGAAAGUCAGAUAGAGACUUAAAUUAUGUAUAAUGUGAAAAUGGGCACUGAAUUCUCCAUGUCAGCUGGGAAAUUUUAUAUCAAUAUAUUUCCUUUAUUUCA